CCUCACGAGCCGCGCAGCACUCUUUGCUCACUCGAAAGGCAAAGCGAUUAUUAAAUCGGCCCACGCGGCAAUGGGUGAGAUAGCGGCGGAUGAGCGCGGCCUGGCCGCCGGCGGGGAGGGGGAGACGGAGGAGUCGCCGAUCGAGGAGGUGCGGCUGACGGUGCCGUCCACGGACGACCCGUCGCUGCCGGUGUGGACGUUCCGGAUGUGGAGCAUCGGGCUGGUGUCGUGCGCGCUCAUGGGCUUCCUCAACCAGUUCUUCUCCUACCGCACGGAGCCGCUCGUCGUGACGCAGAUCACGGUGCAGGUGGCGUCGCUGCCCGUGGGCCACUUCAUGGCCCGGGUGCUGCCGCGCCGUAGGUUCCGGGCGCCCGCGUUGCUGGGCGGCGGGGAGUGGAGCCUCAACCCGGGCCCCUUCAACAUGAAGGAGCACGUGCUCAUCUCCAUCUUCGCCAACGCCGGCUUCGCGUUCGGCGUCGGCAACGCCUACGCCGUCUUCGUCAUCGACAUCAUCCGCGCCUUCUACCACCGCCACAUCUCUUUCUUCACCGCCUGGCUCCUCGUCAUCACCACGCAGGUGCUCGGGUACGGGUGGGCUGGGCUGUUGCGCAAGUACGUGGUCGAACCGUCGCACAUGUGGUGGCCGAGCACGCUCGUCCAGGUCUCCCUCUUUCGGGCACUGCACGAGAAGGAAGAAUUCCCCAAGGGCUCGCGCCAGAUCUCCCGCUCCAAGUUCUUCCUGGUGGCGCUCAUCUGCAGCUUCGCGUGGUACGCUGUGCCAGGCUAUCUCUUCCCGACGCUGACUUCCAUCUCAUGGGUGUGCUGGGUCUUCUCCAAGUCUGUGACAGCGCAGCAGCUGGGCUCCGGCAUGAAGGGCCUGGGCCUCGGCGCCUUCACGCUCGAUUGGUCGACAGUCUCCUCCUUCCUCUUCAGCCCCCUCAUCUCACCCUUCUUUGCCACCGUCAACAUCUUCGUCGGCUACGCGUUCUUCGUCUACGUGGUCAUGCCCACAGCGUACUGGGGCCUCAACCUGUACAACGCCAAGACGUUCCCCAUCUUCUCCUCGCACCUGUUCAUGUCAAAUGGCACAGAGUAUGAUAUCCAAGCCAUCGUGAACAACAACUUCGAGAUCGACAUGGACGCGUACAACAAGAUCGGCAAAGUCAACCUCAGCAUAUUCUUCGCACUCACUUAUGGGCUCAGCUUUGCCACCAUUGCCGCAACCAUCACACAUGUCGGCCUCUUUUAUGGAAAGUAUGGCUUCUCAACCGAGUACAUGAACAAAAAAAACACAGACUAUGAUUACAUGUACUUUGCUCAUGUACUUUGUAAACUGAAAUAUGCAUUAGUUGUGUCUGAAAUGGGAUAUCUAUUGUCCAGGGAAAUCUACUACCGCUUCCGAGCAUCGCAGAAGGAGGAGCCUGACAUCCACACGAAGUUGAUGAAGAGGUAUGAUGACAUACCAGGAUGGUGGUUCUACUCAUUGAUGGCACUGUCGAUGACAGUGUCCCUCCUCCUCUGCACCAUCUUGAGGCACGAGGUCCAGCUCCCAUGGUGGGGCCUCCUCUUUGCAUGCGGCAUGGCCUUCAUCUUCACCCUUCCCAUAAGUAUCAUCAGCGCGACAACCAACCAGACACCUGGUCUGAAUGUGAUCACUGAGUAUGCCAUGGGGCUGAUAAUGCCAGGCUAUCCCAUUGCCAAUGUCUGCUUCAAGGUGUACGGCUACAUGAGCAUGUCUCAGGCUGUUUCCUUCCUCUCAGACUUCAAGCUCGGCCAUUACAUGAAGAUCCCUCCUAAAUCCAUGUUCCUUGUUCAGUUUGUCGGUACAAUUGUGGCUGGCACGGUCAACAUCGGGGUGGCAUGGUGGCUGCUUGGCUCCAUCAAGGACAUCUGUUCAGAAAACCUUGCAGCAGACAGCCCGUGGACAUGCCCCAGCGACCGUGUCUUCUUUGAUGCAUCAGUCAUCUGGGGCCUUGUCGGCCCGAGGCACAUCUUCGGGUCACGUGGCAACUACGGUGCCCUCAACUGGUUCUUCCUCAUCGGCGCAGCAGGCCCCAUUAUCGUGUAUGCUCUCCACAGGGCGUUCCCUGGACAGAGAUGGAUACCAUUGAUCAACCUGCCAGUGCUCCUUGGUGCAACGGCCUCUAUGCCCCCAGCAACAGCUGUGAACUACAACUCAUGGCUGAUCAUUGGCACCGUAUUCAAUUUCUUCGUGUUUCGGUACCGAAAGACGUGGUGGACGAGGUACAACUACGUUCUCUCUGCUGCGCUCGACGCUGGAGUUGCAUUCAUGGGGGUGCUGCUGUACUUCUCCCUGACCAUGGAGAACCGGAGCAUUGACUGGUGGGGUACAGCCGGAGAGCACUGCCCUCUGGCCUCAUGCCCUACUGCUAAAGGGGUGGGCUUGGGUUCUGAUAGCGUCUGCCCAGUGUUCUAAGCUGGGAGUUUCGUGUCCCAAGGUACAGCUGCAAGAUUAGAUAUGAUCCAAUCCAGUUAUGUUGAUGCCAUUGAUUUGUGGUGUAUGGAGUACAAUACAGCUUCUCCUAUGUGUAAAGGUCAUAGUCUCAUCUACUUAUAGUCGAUCUCACGGAAGAAGAAAUCAAAACUUCUGCAGACAACAAUGGUGUAAUGGAUUGGUCAUUUGGGUAAUGCAAAGGGCAUGCUAGUUCCUGAAUGCUACAAGUUUAUUCAA